AUGAGUUCCCUGGCGGAGCUGAAGGUUGUGCGCCUCUACCGCGCCUAUAACACUGCCAUACAGAUGUGUAUGGAUCGCGGCUACACUGUGCGCCAUCCAUCCGCUGUUGCUCAAGCCAUUCACGACCCAAACCUGUAUGAUGAUGAAGAUGGACUUGGCUACGACUGGUUUCUUUCUCACUUUGUGGUGCAGUCAUCAUCAUCAGCAGACGGUGGUGGUGGGAAGAAUGCUGGCGCAAAUGCAAAGAUAAAAGCCAAUGAGGAGGAAAUGCAUGUAAAUGGGGAAGAGAACGUGUCUGCUGAGAAGCAGUGGGUGCCAAUGUACAGUGCGAUGCGACUUGUUUGUAGUCCUACAGCUGCAAAAGUUUAUGAGGAUACAGAAGGUCAAGAAGACCCAAAUGAUAAUAAUAAAAACAAUAAUGAGAAGGGAAGGCCACUACUUGUCUUCUUCUCUGGAUCCCCAUCGCUAAGUAUGAAUGAAGUGCAGGAAUACUGCGAAAAGGGGCUGCAGAAAAAUGCACAUUGUAUGAUUAUCAUCACAGGCGGUAAAAUAUCCCCAGCGGUUCGUCGAGCCACGCGGGAACUCAGCGGCCGACUUCGCACCGGCACGACUGAAGAAGUGAUGUCUAUUCAACUAUUCGAGGAGGACGCACUCGCGUAUAAUAUUGCACGGCACGAGACGGUUCCACCGCAUGUGGUGCUUUCACCGGAGGAGACACGCACAUUUCUGCAGAGCCGCCACUUGACACUUGCGCAACUCCCCCGCAUUCUCGAUGAUGAUCCAAUGGUGGCGUACUUGGGUCUCACACGUGGUAGCGUUGUGCGGAUUCUGCGGGAUUCAAAGGAAAGUGGUCCCUAUGAUAUGUACCGACAGGUCAUUUAG